AUGGGCGACUUCAACCGUCAUGAUCAACUCUGGGGCGGGGAGGAUGUUGCACUGGAAAGGCAAGGCGAAGGGGACAGGAUCAUCGAAUUAAUGAGCUCCCUCGCAUUGAGUAGCCUUUUGCCCAGAGGCACAAAAACCUGGCAACGACGUGACCAGGAGACAACGAUUGAUCUAGUUCUCGCGUCCGAGGACCUGAUCACCUCGGCAAUCAGAUGCGCAAUACCCAACACAAACCAUGGAUCCGACCACCAAGCCAUCGAGACCAUCUUCGACAUCUCGACGCCGAAGCCAUUAGUCCAAGAGCGGCUUCUCUUCAAAAACGCACCUUGGAAGGAAAUCAAUGCCCGAAUUGCGUCUGCGAUGCAAAGCCGGCCAAUUGGCGGCACAGUCCAACAGCAGGCAGACAGGCUCAUGUCCGUGGUGUUGGAAGCGGUCCACGCCUUGACGCCCAAGGCGCGGCCGGCUCCGCACGCGAAACGCUGGUGGACUGCGGACCUGACCCAACUCCGUCAAAUUCUCACUUACUGGAGAAAGCGGGCAAGGGCAUCGAGACGGGCAGGACAAAAGUCCGAAGAGUUGGAACAUUUGGCCCGUGGAGCUGCCAAACAGUACCACGACGGCAUUCGACGACAGAAGAAGACUCAUUGGCAGGAGUUUCUAGCGGACAACAAGAACAUCUGGAAGGCUGCAAAGUACCUGAACCCAGCCAGUGAUGCAGCAUUCGGCAAGGUACCACAGCUCGUGCGAGCCGAUGGCACGAAAACAGUCAACAGCAAGGAGCAAGCUGAAGAGAUGCUAGACACCUUCUUCCCACCACUACCGGACGUCAUUGAUGACGAAGGGGAACGGCCCCAGCGCGGCACAGCGAUUGAAAUGCCAGACAUUACGCUUGAGGAAAUAGAACGACAGCUUUUCGCCGCCAAGUCAUGGAAAGCCCCGGGCGGAGAUGGGCUUCCCACCAUAGUCUGGAAGCAAGUGUGGCCAAGCACCAAGCACCACAUCUUGAUGCUUUUCAGUGCGUCGCUGAAGGAGGGAAGACUGCCCACGCAAUGGAAACACGCCAAAAUCAUCCCACUCAAAAAGCCGGAUAAAGACGACUACUCCCUGGCGGGAGCGUGGAGGCCAAUAUCGUUGCUGUCCACGCUUGGGAAGGUCCUGGAAUCGGUCGUGGCUGAGAGAAUUUCCCACGCGGUCGAGACGUAUGGCCUUUUGCCCACCAAUCAUUUCGGGGCACGCAAGCAGCGAUCUGCCGAGCAAGCAUUGAUGCUGCUACAGGAGGAGGUCUACACGGCCUGGAGGAACCGGCGCAUACUCACGCUCGUGACUUUCGACGCGAAAGGUGCGUAUAAUGGUGUAUGCAAGGAAAGGCUCAUACAGCGCAUGCGAGCGAGGGGCAUACCGGAGGACCUGCUCCGCUGGGUCGAAGCUUUCUGCUCGCAUCACACCGCAACGAUACAUAUCAACGGGCAGACAUCGCAGAUGCAGGACCUUUCGCAGGCCGGCCUACCGCAAGGCUCUCCUCUAUCACCGGUACUGUUCCUCUUCUUCAACGCAGAUCUCGUUCAACAGCGAAUUGACCGUCAUGGCGGGGCCGUGGCUUUUGUCGACGACUUCACAGCCUGGGUUACGAGCACCACGGCGCAGGACAACCGCGCCGGAAUCGAAGCAAUCAUUGAAAAGGCUCUGGACUGGGAAAGGCGGAGUGGUGCAACCUUCAACAUACAGAAGACAGCGAUCAUACACUUUACUCGCAAACCGCACAAGUCAGAUACACAGCCGUUCACGAUCAAAGGCCAGCUCGUCUACCCUAAGACUAGCGUCAAGGUUCUCGGAGUCACUGUGGAUGCUGGCCUCAAGUACAACGAGCAUAUGGCUACGGCAGCUACCAAGGGGUUGGAAGCUGCACCAUGCCAAAGAUUGAGAAAGGUGCAUGUCCAUAAGCAGAUAGUUGCCUUAUUGGCCCGCGGCCACCAGGCGUAA